CAGACAAUAAGAUGGAUGCAGAUAAUGUGUUAAUGCCAAUAGUCGAAGUUCCGAGUGAAUCCAGUUUUGGCCGCCCAGAUAGUGCCAAUACACAGAAUGAUGAGUUAUCUUCAUACAGAAGUGAUGAAGAGUACAACACUGAAGAAGAAUAUGAUGACGAUAAUGCUGGUACACCAACACCAAGGAGUAGUAGUGGGAAGAAAACAAAGAGACGGAGAACUAGAAGUAAGAAAAAUGGAAUAGACAUGACUCCACCAGAAAAACUAUUGAGAAGGUCUGAAAAGAAGGCUAAGAAAUACAAGGAAGAGAAAAAGGCUGAUAAAGCUAUCAAAGAGUUGAUAAAGUGCACAGCUUUAGCUAGAAUUGUACAUGGGGACUCUCACUGGAAAUAUGCAGAAGCAUACACAAACCUUGCUGAAGGAUAUUUUGAAUUAAAAGGUUACACAGCCCAGGCACACUACCAUUCAGAAAAUGCCAAGAACAUCAUGCUGAGUGGAGUUCAGAUGCCAAGCUCUCAGCGAGAUAAAGCAAAGAUCAUGGAAGUCCUAGUUAAAACAUACUACACCAUGGGUCGUGCACUUACAAAACUGAAAAAAUACACAGAAGCAGACCAAGCUCUACAGAGAGCAGAAAAAAUAGCCCAAGAAAGAAGUAGGCUUCCAAAUGUUAAUUCUGAUGACUGUGAUGAAAUGGAUAUCAAAAUUUCUAUUGCUCUUGGAAGGCUGAAUGGUGCUCAAGAGAAGGCAGCAUCUGCAACCUCCUACUUUGACAAGGCUAUUGAACUGAUAGAAAAACAGCAUGGUAAUGAUAGCAUCAGGUUAAUACCAGUGUAUCAGGACAUAGGGAGGGUGGAGCAAAAUAAGGGCAAACAUGCCAACCAUGACCGUGCCAUUGAAAUGUAUUUGCAAGCACACUCCAUUGCUGGGGCCAAUUAUAGUGAAGGCACCCCAGAGCUGGCAGAGACUGCCAAAGCACUAGCUAUGGCAUAUUCUAACACAGGAGACCCUGAUGCUGAAACCUCAGCAGAGAGUUACUUGAAUGAAAGCCUAGCAGCCUACCAGUCCAUGUACGGACCAGAACAUGUUCAGACCCUGGCAGUACAAGAUGAUUUGGCAAGACUCAUGAUAAGAACUGAGAGAGAAGAUGAAGCACUGUCUGUGCUCAGAUCGACACUUUCAUCCAAGACAGAGGUGUAUGGAGAGUUUUCUGAUGAGGUGGCGGAUACUUACAAGUUAAUUGGCUCAGUGCAUCUCUCACGUGGAGAUAUGGAGAAGGCUUUGAAAUCUCUUUCUAAGUGCCAUACUAUAGAAACAGCAGCCCAUGGAUCUAAUCACAAGAGACCCAAAGAGACACAGAAAACAAUAGAUGUUCUGAUGUCGAAUCCAUCACUGGCAUCCAAAAUGCCAAAGAGCAAAAGGGAGGAGCUGCAGCAAAGACCCAGGUUUAAUAGUAUAGUCAACAGAAGCUCUGCAGCCAAGAAUCCUCUAGCAAAUACUUUCUGACAACACUGAAAUAUUUAUGAAUAGAAAUUGGAACAUAUGUCUUACAGAAAAGGAUAUAUAAAAAUGACUGGUGUCUAAGGGUGCAUCUUCAUUUAAACAUGAGUGAAUGUGUAUUUUCUAAAAUAUACUAAUCCUCACUGAGGAUUCAUCAAGAGAGACAUACUCGUUCAUAUUUUUUUAAUGAAGAUGUAUUAACACCGGGGUAUAUAAACAUUGUAAGAUGUCAAAUUAUCGAAACAUAUUUAUAUAUUUUGUGAAAGGUCAAUAAAUGUACUAGUACUAGUCUUUUUCUUAAAAUCUGUUUUUCUUGAUAACCACCACACAUUCAACAUUUAUUGUAUAAGUUUAU